AUGGCUUCCGCCUCCUCUAAACCCGAAGCGUCCAAUCCCCCAAACGUCCCAACACCCCCGCCAACAUACUCCCAACUCUGCGUCACACCCAUCCUCCCACAAUCCAAACUCAUCACGCUUGCCGGGCAAACAGGUCUCCAGUCCGACGGUUCCAUCGCUUCCGACAUCGAAACCCAAGCAAAAGACGCCUACAAAUCUAUCCUCGAAUGCCUAAAAGCUGCCGGUGCAACACCACGUGACAUCGUCAUGAGAGCGGCGAUGCCGAAAAAGACAAAUUGGACGUUGUAG